AAGGUGCCGGGAGGGAUGCGGAGCUUGGCAGAACCGCGGCUGGAGCUGGAGCGCAACUCGCGUGGCAGGAGCUGCUCGGGAGCGCGGACACUCCGUGGGGGUGGGGGUGGGGGUGUGUUUGGAAAACAGCUGGGCUCCUAGCGCCUGCGGGGGCCUUAGCCUGAGCCCUGGAGGAGGAAGGGGAGGAAGAGGAGGAGGGCUCUAGUGUCCUUCCUUGGAGGAAAGCCGCAAAUCAUCUCCUCCUCCUCCUCCUCCCACCCCCUUUUCCCCUCCCCCUCCUUGCCUUCUCUCUCUUCUACCCUCCCCAGUCCUCCUCCUCCUCCUUCUACCCCCGCCGCUGCCGCCGCCGCUGCCUCCGGUGCUCGCCCGCGUUCAGCGCUUCCCCCGACUGCCCGCUGCUGCCAACGUGCGCACGGCUCGGGGCUCCCGGGGCAGCCCUCGGUCUCCGCGAUCUCAUUGGCUGGGCAUGUGUCUAUUUACAUCAUCCACUAACUUCUCCCAGAUUCGACUGAUCUUAGGUUAUGGGCAGAUCAGAAAGCCAGAUGGAUAUAACUGAAAUCAACAGCCCCAAGCCAAAGGCAAAGCGAUGGUCCGCUCUGGAGCUGAGUCUUUCGGUCCUUGUGCUUUUGCUCACUAUCAUAGCGGUCACUAUGAUAAUUCUUUAUGCCACGUACGAUGAUGGAAUUUGCAAGUCAGCAGAUUGCAUAAAAUCAGCUGCUCGACUGAUUGAGAACAUGGAUAAUGCCGCCAACCCUUGUACAGACUUUUACAAAUAUGCCUGCGGAGGCUGGUUAAAGCGGAACGUCAUUCCAGAGACCAGCUCACGUUACAGUAACUUUGACAUUUUAAGAGAUGAGUUAGAAGUCGUUCUGAAAGAUGUUCUUCAGGAGCAGAAACCCGAAGAUAUAGUGGCAGUGCAAAAAGCCAAAACGUUGUACAGAUCCUGUUUAAAUGAAUCUGCAAUUGAUAGCCGAGGUGGUCAACCUUUGUUAGAUCUCUUACCGCAGAUCCAUGAAUGGCCAAUAGCGAUGGACAACUGGGAAGCAAAGUAUGGUUCUUCUUGGACAGCUGAAAAAGCCAUUGCAGAAUUGAACUCGAAAUUUAGCAAGAAAGUCCUGAUCAAUUUUUUUAUUGGCACAGAUGAUAAGAACUCCACAAAUCAUAUUAUGCAUAUUGAUCAGCCUCGACUUGGUCUACCAUCACGUGACUACUAUGAAUGCUCUGGCAUAUAUAAAGAGGCCUGCACAGCAUAUGUGGAUUUCAUGAUCUCUGUGGCUAAACUGAUCCGCAAGGAUAGAGGAUUGUCCAUCAAUGAAACCCAGAUUACCUUGGAAAUGAAUCGAAUCAUGGAGCUGGAAAAAGAGAUUGCCAACGCUACAGCUAAACCUGAAGACCGGAAUGACCCGAUCCUUCUCUACAAUAAAAUGACUCUAGGCCAGGUCCAAAACAACUUUACGUUGGUGAUCGAUGGAAAGCCAUUCAACUGGGCAAAUUACACAAAUGAAAUCAUGUCAACUGUGAACAUUAAUGUUGCAAAUGAGGAAGCUGUGAUUGUGUAUGCUCCCGAAUAUUUAACCAAACUUAAGUUGAUUCUUACCAAAUAUUCUCCCAGAGAUCUUCAAAAUUUUAUGUCCUGGCGACUCAUUAUGGAUCUUGUAAGCAGCCUCAGCCGAAACUACAAGGAGACGAGAAAUGCUUUCCGGAAGGCUCUUUAUGGCACAACAUCUGAAACAGCCACUUGGAGACGUUGUGUUAAUUAUGUCAAUGGGAUCAUGGAUAAUGCUGUUGGGCGACUUUAUGUAGGAGAAGCAUUUGCUGGCAACAGCAAACACAAGGUGGAAAAUCUCAUCUCCCAGAUUCGAGAAGUUUUCAUUAAGACUUUAGAUGACCUCACCUGGAUGGAUGCUGAGACUAAGAAGAAAGCAGAAGAUAAGGCCCUGGCAAUUAAAGAAAGGAUCGGCUAUCCUGAUGAAAUUAUGACUAAUGAUGAGAAAUUGAAUAAAGAAUACAGUGAGUUGAAUUUCAAAGAGAAUGAAUACUUUGAGAAUAUCCUGAAAAACCUGGUUUUUAGCCAAAAUAAACUGCUAAAGAAGCUCCGAGAAAAGGUCGACAAGGAAGAGUGGAUAAGUGGGGCAGCUGUAGUCAAUGCAUUUUAUUCUUCGGGCAGAAACCAGAUUGUUUUCCCAGCUGGCAUCCUGCAGCCUCCCUUCUUCAGUGCAAACCAGCCCAGCUCCUUGAAUUUUGGUGGCAUCGGCAUGGUUAUAGGACACGAAAUCACUCAUGGCUUUGAUGACAAUGGUAGAAACUUCAACAAGGAUGGGGAUCUCAUUGAUUGGUGGAGUCAAGAAUCUGCCAACAAUUUCAAAAACCUGUCUCAAUGUAUAGUAUACCAAUACGGAAACUUUUCGUGGGACCUAGCAGGUGGCCAACAUCUCAAUGGAAUCAGCACUCUAGGUGAAAACAUUGCUGACAAUGGAGGUCUUGGGCAAGCAUACAGGGCUUAUCAGAAUUUUGUGAAAAAGAAUGGGAAAGAGAAGCUACUUCCUGGACUUGACCUUGACCACAACCAGUUGUUCUUCUUGAACUUUGCUCAGGUGUGGUGCGGGACCUACAGGCCAGAAUAUGCUAUCAACUCUAUCAAAACUGAUGUUCACAGUCCAGGCAAUUAUAGGAUCAUAGGAACUUUGCAGAACUCCCCAGAAUUUUCAGAAGCCUUCAAAUGCCGUAAGAAUGAAUAUAUGAAUCCAGAAAAGAAAUGUCGGGUGUGGUGAUUCCCAAAAGAAGUAACAAAGGUGGAAGGCAGCAGAAAUCUGGAACUUUGUACAGGAGGAAAAACAUAAAAUCUGUGCACCAAACUCACUCUAUUACACGAGGGUGAAUAACUGAGAAGGGGGAAAUGCUUCAAGAUUUUAAUUUCAAGUUAAGGAAAGUGACUGCAGCCAAAAUUGUAUGUGAGUUGUUCCCAAAAGAAUGAAGGAGGAUCCAGGUUAAUAACCAUCAAACCUAUCACCACUGUGUACAUAAUGCUUUACUCUGGAAUUAUGGCUUUCCGUUAAUGCCUGUUUCCCAUUUGGUCAACAGAAUGAAUAUUCUCACUUGGGAACAGGGUUAAUCGUCUAUGAAUGUAGAGAAGUAUUUUUAAUCAAAGGGAGGAAGAAAAUGUCAAAGAAUAUGGCAGGAUAACAGCUGUCUAAUAAGGACACAACAGGGAAAUAGGUCCUGCCACCUCUUUAAAUAUAAAGUAUUGGAUUUUUCUUCCUGAUUCAGCAAUGCCCUCACUCAAACCUCUUCAAAGAAUUCUUCUGAGAGUGAGCAAUUGGGGCUUGAAGCAAUUUUAAAAAGAAGUCAUUAUUCCUGUAAUCUUUUUUUUUUUAAUUCCAAGGCCAUAAUCAUAUUCAAUUAAGAAAUGAAAUUGUUGGCUGAGAUAUUGAGAAUCCUCUUGCAAUUCCUUCCCCCUCCCCCCCAAAAUUUCUUGUUCUCUCUAGACUUGGUCUUUUUAAAAGAUUUGUAGUAAUGUAUAAAGCAUAAUUUUUAUAUUUAAUUAUUAACUAUGUGUAUGAAAAAGUAACUGCUAUAUCUAUAUAUACGUAUAGAGAGAAAUGGAUAUGAUCACUGAUCCACUACCGGGGAUUAGCAUUUCAGAUUGAGAUAUGAAACUUUCUUUACAUUAAGGAAACAUCUGUAAACCAACAUCUGUAAAGUAGUGUACAGAUUAAAAUUUGAGACUUUUUUUUAAAAAGAAAUUCAUAUUGGCAAAAAAGCUUUAAUCCAGAACUUUUGUGUAAGAUUCACUUUUGUUCAACUUUCCCAGAGGCUUGCCUGACCACUUUAUUGUAGAAGCAAUCAGAAAUUUCCCAGAAUCAAUAAUAAGUUUCGUUUAAUCUGUACUGAAAUGAGUAAGCUGCUUUUCUGUGAUUCCCUAUGGUCAAGGAAUCCCACUGGGGCAUGUCUGCAGCUCAGCCAGAUCCCUUCUAAGCAAUGGCAAGCUAACAAGGUCAUGCUAUUAAGAUACAAUCAAAAGAUUCCCUACUAUUAAUUCCAUAGAAUUGGGAGCCACUGAUGUUGCUGGGAGCAUCCUAGUGGAAGGGAAAGGGAGGAGGACAGGUUCUCCAUAAACAUUGAUCAUGUCCACUGUCACUGGUUGAUUGGUCAUUCUGCAUUUUUAUAGCAUUAUAGAAUCUUAGCUUGAGGACUAAAAGAGACCUCAAGGGUCAUCUCAUUCAAAUUGUUCAUUUUCCAGAAGAGAAAAGGGAAUGACCUGUCCAGUCCAGUCUUGUGAUUGCUAAGUCCAGGCUUUGAUCUUAGGACCUCUGACUCUAAAACCGGCAGACAUGAUGUCAUGACUAAUUAAAACCACUGUGGGCUAGUAAUUAGCCCAGACAGCCAGUGACAGGAGGAGGAAGUUCUAGAGGGAGUAGCCUCCCCCUUCCACAUUUUCCUAUGGCCUGUAACUAUUUCUGGGAUUCCAUAAUGAUAAAGAAAAUUUCUUGCAUAUGUCCCUGAUUCCAUGUCAUGUUAUUUCAUCUUUCAAUGUCACCUGAUUACAUUUUUUUAUAAUAAACAGAAAUUGUGAGACUUGAUUCUCACCAAA